AAUAGAUUGAAUAGAUAGUGAAGUCGAAAUGACAAGCUGGAUAAAGCAGGGUAUUGUCGAACCAGCUACACACUCAUCUAAAUGCAAUAAAAAUAGUCGUAAUAUAGCACCGUCGACCAGUUCUUCAACCGGUUACAAUAUGGGCAGUUUGCGCGCAGUUUUGGCACGCGUACAUCAACGCAACGAUGAAUCAGAGCUUUAUAAUACCGUACCGUACGUAUGUCGAGGCCUAUCUGUUUGGAAUUGUCACAUCGAACCGUUAACUUUCAAUUAAGGGAUUAACUCGUUAUAGCAAUUACUUGAUCCUCUCAUUGAAGUUGUUAACCUGUUAAUUUAAAUGAUCUUCGCUUAAAAGAUCUGUU